CACAGCAGCUACAUGAUGCGCCCUUAUGAGUGAGCUCGUGAUAACAGCACUGCACUAAACAUGUGAGCAGAGCACAUCACGCAGUACGCACUACACUACACACACGCACUAGCUCUGUUCCAUAGGUACAGAAGAUGGACGUGAAGGAUCAAGGCGCACAAAUGGAGCCUCUGCUGCCCGCGGUGGUCACCUCUCCUAGAAGACAAAGUGUGAGGAAUGAUGAGGAGGCGGUUGUGGACAGAGGAGGCACUCGCUCCAUGCUUAAAGCCGGAUUGGAGAAGGAGGAGCUAGAAGGUCACCGGACUCUGUAUAUCGGUGUUCAUGUUCCUCUGGGCAGAAGAACCCACCGACGCCAUCGACAUCACGGACACCGGCACAGGAAGAGGAGCAAGGAGAGAGACUCGGGGGUCGAAGACGGACGAGAAUCACCUUCAUACAAUACUCCCUCUCAGAGGGUUCAGUUCCUGCUGGGCACUGAGGAUGAUGAUGAAGAGCACAUACCACAUGACCUCUUCACUGAGCUGGAUGAGAUCUGCCUCCGGGAUGGAGAGGAUGCUGAGUGGAGAGAAACCGCCAGGUGGCUGAAGUUUGAGGAGGACGUGGAGGACGGUGGUGAGCGCUGGAGUAAACCGUACGUGGCCACGCUCUCUCUGCACAGUCUCUUCGAGCUGCGCAGCUGCAUCAUCAACGGCACCGUCAUGCUGGACAUGAGGGCCAGCUCUCUGGAGGAGGUCGCAGAUAUGGUUCUGGACCAACAGGAAGUGGCUGGGCAUCUUGAAGAUGAUGUCAGGAGGAAGGUCAAAGAGGCUCUUCUGAAGCAGCAUCAUCAUCAGAACCAGAAGAAACUGGCCAAUCGGAUCCCCAUCGUCCGCUCCUUCGCUGAUAUCGGCAAGAGGCAGUCUGAGUCCAACUGCAUCGACAAAAACGGUCAGAUGAUGUCACCACAGUCUCUACCCAUAAGCACAGAGGGCAAGAAUGAUGUGAGCCGUGAAAACAGUGCUGUGGACUUCAGCAAGAUAGACCUGCACUUCAUGAAGAAGAUCCCUGCAGGAGCGGAGGCCUCGAAUGUCUUGGUUGGAGAGCUGGAGUUUCUGGACAGGCCUGUGGUGGCGUUUGUCCGCCUCUCUCCUGCCGUACUGCUCAACGGCCUGGCAGAAGUGCCCAUUACCACCAGAUUCCUGUUCAUCCUGCUGGGGCCUCUGGGUAAAGGGCCACAAUAUCACGAGAUUGGCAGAUCAAUUGCGACCUUGAUGACAGAUGAGGUUUUCCACGAUGUGGCCUAUAAAGCUAAAGACCGCAACGAUCUGAUUGCCGGAAUUGACGAAUUUCUUGACCAAGUUACAGUUCUGCCACCAGGAGAAUGGGACCCUUCCAUUAGGAUAGAGCCGCCAAAAAACGUCCCGUCCCAGGAGAAGAGAAAGAUCCCUGCAGUGCCUAAUGGAGAGCUGGCAGAGACAGAGGAACACAGUGGACAUGGAGGCCCUGAGCUGCAGCGCACCGGGAGGUUUUUUGGUGGAUUAGUUAUGGAUGUGAAGAGGAAGGCUCCUCACUUUCUGUCGGAUUUCACCGAUGCGCUCAGCCUGCAGUGUUUGGCCUCGUUCCUGUUCCUGUACUGCGCCUGCAUGUCCCCGGUCAUCACCUUCGGAGGACUGCUGGGAGAAGCUACUGAGGGACGCAUAAGUGCCAUUGAGUCGCUGUUUGGAGCCUCGAUGACUGGGAUCGCGUACUCGCUUUUCGCGGGACAGCCUCUCACGAUACUGGGCAGCACUGGACCCGUUCUGGUGUUUGAGAAAAUAUUGUUCAAAUUCUGCAAGGAAUACGGGCUGUCGUACCUGUCCCUCAGGACGUGUAUCGGGCUGUGGACGGCGUUCCUCUGUCUGCUACUGGUGGCCACUGAUGCCAGUUCACUCGUCUGUUACAUCACGCGCUUCACCGAGGAGGCCUUCGCCUCGCUCAUCUGCAUCAUCUUCAUCUACGAGGCCUUGGAGAAGCUCAUUCAUCUCGGGGAGACGUAUCCCAUUAACAUGAACAACAAUCUGCAGAAACUCACCACUUACAGAUGCUCCUGUAUCGAGCCUGCAAACCCCAGCAAUGCCACGCUUCUGUACUGGGAGCAGAACAACAUCUCGGCUCCGGAGAUCUUCUGGGAGGCUCUGGAGGUUCAGGAUUGCAUUGAGAAGAAAGGGGAGUUUGUCGGGUCAGCUUGCGGUCCUCACGGUCCGUACGUUCCUGAUGUUCUCUUCUGGUCUGUAGUUCUCUUCUUCUCUACAGUGGCCAUGUCGGCGUUCCUCAAAGAGUUCAAGACCAGCCGCUACUUCCCCACUAAGGUCAGAUCCAUCAUCAGUGACUUCGCUGUGUUCAUCACUAUCGCUACAAUGGUUCUGGUGGAUUACGCUCUAGGGGUGCCUUCAGCCAAACUACAGGUCCCUAAUAAGUUUAAGCCAACUCGUGACGACCGUGGGUGGUUCAUUAACCCGCUGGGACCGAACCCGUGGUGGACGUGUGUGAUCAGCAUCCUCCCCGCUCUCCUCUGCACAAUCCUCAUCUUCAUGGACCAGCAGAUCACAGCUGUGAUCAUCAACAGGAAAGAGCACAAGCUCAAGAAAGGCUGUGGCUAUCACCUGGACCUGUUCAUGGUGGGCGUGAUGCUGGGCGUUUGCUCUCUGAUGGGUCUGCCGUGGUUCGUGGCGGCCACGGUUCUGUCCAUCAGUCACGUGAACAGCCUGAAGCUGGAGUCCGAGUGUUCGGCUCCCGGAGAGCAGCCCAAGUUCCUCGGGAUCAGAGAGCAGCGGGUCACCGGCCUCAUGAUCUUCCUCCUCAUGGGCUGCUCUGUGUUCAUGACCUCGGUGCUGAAGUUCAUUCCAAUGCCGGUGCUGUAUGGAGUUUUCCUUUACAUGGGUGCAUCUUCACUGAGAGGAAUACAGUUUUUUGAUCGUCUGCGAUUGUUCGGCAUGCCGGCUAAACACCAGCCAGACUUCAUUUACCUGAGACACGUCCCGCUCCGAAAGGUUCAUCUGUUCACCAUCGUCCAGCUCAGCUGUCUGGUUCUCCUCUGGGUCAUCAAAACCUCCAAGGCUGCCAUCGUCUUCCCAAUGAUGGUGUUAGCGCUGGUGUUUAUAAGGAAGCUGCUGGAUGUUUUCUUCACGAAGAGAGAGCUCAGCUGGCUCGAUGACCUCAUGCCCGAGAGCAAGAAGAAGAAACUGGAGGACGCCGAGCGAGAGGAACAGCUGGAAUACAAAUCCAGGGGCUGA